AUGACGGACUUCGACCCGGAGACGGACUGCAAGCUGGGGACCUGCCCGCUCGAGCUGGCUCAGUACACGUACGUGCCCAGCCUGGCGGGGAACGCCGUGUUCGCGGCGCUGUUCGGGCUCAUCCUGCUCGCGCAGCUGGGCUUCGGCGUGCGCUACAAGACGUGGGGGUUCCUGGUUGGGAUGGUGGGCGGCGUCGUGCUCGAGAUAGUCGGGUACGUGGGGCGCAUCCAGCUGCACUUCAACCCGUUUCCGUUUGAUCCGUUUCUGCAACAGCUCAUCUGCCUCACCAUCGGCCCCGCCUUCCUCACCGCAGCCAUCUACGUCUGCCUCGGGCGGCUGAUCGUCGCGCACAGCCAGGCCGUCUCGCGCCUGCAGCCGCGCACGUACACGUACAUCUUCGUGAGCUUCGACAUCCUGUCGCUGGUGCUGCAGGCGGCGGGCGGCGCCAUCACCGCCACGGCCGACGACGACCAGCGCGACCUCGCCGACGCCGGCGUCAACAUCAUGAUUGCCGGCUUGGCGGCGCAGGUUGCGUCGCUGGCCCUGUUCAUGGCCUUGUGUGCCGAGUACGCGUUCCGCCUGAGCCGGAGGCGCGAGUUGUUGGACUCGUCGUUUUCGGGCUUGCGGAGCACCUUCAAGUUCAAGGCGUUUCUUUUUGCUCUCGCCGCCGCCACCGUCCUCAUCUUCGUUCGCUGCUGCUUCCGCGUCGCAGAGCUCAAUGAGGGCUUCAAUGGCGAGCUGGCCAACGAUGAGGUCAUCUUCAUGAUUCUCGAGGGCCCCAUGAUCAUUUUGGCGUGUGCUUGUUUGACUGUUUUCCAUCCUGGUAUCAGCUUUGGUGGCAGGUGGGCGGAGAUCAAGGCGGCGCGUCAGCAGAAAGCCGUUAGGAAGAGUGUGUACGCUUCUUCCUCUGAAAUGGAGCUUGAAGAUGCGCGGAAUUAG